GCUAGGAGGGGCCAACGCUGGUAUGUUCCUAGUGCUGAUCAUCGUAGUGAGACUGACUGCAGGAGUCGAGACCCAUGGAGCUUCUGCCUGAAUCGCCUUGCAUCCUCCCCCUACCUUCCAACCUCCAUCUCUCUCCCUGAUUCUGUCUCUCCUCUCUCCUUUCAUCAAACGAAACGAAACCAUAGACAUGAAUUGUUAACUACUGCAUGUGUGUCAUGGAUCAAGAAUGAGAAACAUGGAUUCGAUUUACAUUCUUCUCGUCCUCCUUGCUUCCCAACCCUAUUUUUUAGCCUCUGCAGACAGGAAAUUCGGUUGCCUGUUUGAGAACGAGUUGUGCACACCAUACGAGAUCUGUGUCAACGAUGGAAUGUUCGGGAGGUGUCAAUCCACGCCCGUUCCGGUGGCAGAGGUAUACACGUAUGAUGUGUCUCCGUCUGUGGUUCAGCGCUUCAGGUCUUUGCUGCAGAAACUCACCGACAGAGAGUUGACCUGGGAGGAUGAGACCACCCAGCAGAUCCUAUCCAAGGAGCUGUCUAAGCUGAGGAAGAUCCCCUACAGACGCCUACAGGACUCCAGCCCCCCUGUCUACAGCAGCAGCAAAUCCAGGCCCUCUACCCAGGCUAUGGACCCAGGAGACCGGAGGAUCAAGCCAGUGGAGGUGGAGCUCAGUAGAAACCUCCAGAACUACCUGCAGCGUCUGGGCUUCCUUCCCCAGGCCUCCUCCCCCGACAGACCCAAGAGCCCCAGCAAGAGUGACCGUUACCCAUCUGGGGUUUCCUCUGACUACUACUGGCCCAAGUCCCAGGGAGAGGGAAACUUCUCCCCACUGAUGUCCUUCAAGCCUCCCUACCAGGACAGAUCUUCUGUGGGGGGUGGAGACCUCCUCGUGGCUGCCCUCAGGCACUACCUGUCUGGGCAGGUACCAUCUCAGACCGGUGGGGCCACCAACGGCCCGGCCCUGCCCUCCCCUCGCCUACGCCCCUCCUACAGCAACAGGAUAGACAGUGCCGGGCCAAAAGAGACCUCUCAAUCUCAUACACCUAACCUGGACAGACUUCUACUCCUCCAGACAGCUGAGGCCAGCCAACCCUCUGCUCCCAAGGACCCCCUCAGUACAGUGGAUGAGGUGUUCAUCCAGAAGGUUCUGAAGAACGUGGGCAGACAAAACGUGGACGUGGACGACCUGAGUCCUAAAGACCUGGACCAACUCUCUACGCUGAUCACUGACGGCCUACAGGUAGUGGAUCAAGAACAGACCCAGGCCCAGGCCAGAGCAGGACCCAGAGACCUGGGGAAGGAAGAAGAGGAGGAAGGGAAUGAGGGGCCUGGAGAAGAAGGGCCUGGGGACCAGGAGGAGGAGAAGGAGGAGAGUGUCCCUCCAUCCGCCACAGAGAAAACGGCUCCGAAGAGCACUCCAGUAGAGGAGGCUGUGGUCCAAGAGCGACAAAUGGAGGGAGACAGAGAGCCAGCAGACUCCAAUGACAAGCCCCAGGAUGCCGUCGGCUUAUUUGGCAAGCUGCUGGUGUACCUGGAUAAUAUUGAGUCCCCAGCCCAGAGAGAGUCCCCAGGCCAGGCUGGUGUGGGUGCAGGGUUGGGUGAGGGAAGAGGUGUUGGUCUGGAGAACGUACGCAGCAGGACCACUCAGGCUGAGGUGGCAGUGCAGAAGAAGUCGACCCACUCAACAGACGUGGAGGAGGUGGCUGCGGUGGAGGGCUGGAUCCAGGCAGUGGAGCCUCCUGCUGCCAAGGUGGUCUACCAGGAGCCCCAUCAGAAGAACGUGAACGUCCAGGAGCUGCAGCUAGAUGUCAAAGCUGCUGUGGCCACGAAGAAGACUGAUGAUGACUAUGGAUAUGUCAUCACCGACACAGACGCGUUGCAGACUGAUGAGGGCCUCCACUUGAUGGAGAUUCUGACACGACGCGCCAAUCUGCAGAUGACUGACUUCCUGGAGCUCUCAGUGGUAGGCCCAGCUGUGACCUUCAGAGUACGACCUAACGCCCAGAACGUCAGCACCGCAGAUGUGGCCAAUGUAGCAGUUCGCCAGAAGGAUGCAGUGGAGAAGGAGGCCAAGGUGAUCAUUCUGGAGGCUGGAAUCACAGAUAGAAGCCAGAUAAACCAGAUCCCCACCAAGUACAGCACGGCCGAGUCCACCAAGUACAUGAUCCUGACGGUGGUGUCAAUCCUGUGUAUCGUGGCUGUGCUGCUGGCCUCCACCGUGGUCUACUGCCUCCGACACCGCUCUCACCACAAGCUCAAGGAGAAGCUCACCAACCUGGGAACAGACACAGGCAGCGAUGCUACCUCCACCUAUCAGGAGCUGUGUCGUCAGCGGAUGUCGGUCAAGCCGCCGGCGGAGCGUCCAGAGCCGAUGCACAGUGUGUCGUCACGGCUCAACAGUGUGUCGUCCCAGUUCAGCGACGGGGGGCCCAUGGUCAGCCCCUCGGCACGAAGCUCCACCUCCUCCUGGUCUGAGGAACCCGUCCACUCCAACAUGGACAUCUCCACUGGACACAUGAUCCUGUCUUACAUGGAGGAUCACCUGAAGAACAAGAAUCGUCUGGAGAAGGAGUGGGAGGCUCUGUGUGCCUACCAGGCUGAGCCCAAUGCCUCCACUACAGGCCUGGGUGCCGGGAACACCAAGAAGAACCGCUCCAAUGCUGUGGUGGCCUAUGAUCACUCAAGAAUAACCUUGAAGGUUGAAAACAGCCACAGCAAUUCAGAUUACAUCAAUGCCAGCCCAAUCAUGGACCACGACCCACGGAACCCAGCCUACAUCGCUACUCAAGGCCCUCUUCCCUCAACGGUGGCUGAUUUCUGGCAGAUGGUUUGGGAGAAUGGCUGUGUGGUCAUUGUCAUGCUGACGCCCCUCACUGAGAGCGGAGUCAAACAGUGCUACCACUACUGGCCUGACGAGGGGUCCAACCUCUACCACAUCUACGAGGUGAACCUGGUGUCGGAGCACAUUUGGUGUGAUGACUUCCUGGUUCGUAGUUUCUACCUAAAGAACAUGCAGACCAACGAGACGCGCACCGUCACACAGUUCCACUUCCUUACCUGGCUCAACCAGAACGUCCCUGAGUCCAGCCGGACACUCCUGGACUUCCGCAGAAAGGUUAACAAGUGCUACCGGGGACGGUCUUGUCCUAUAAUAGUCCAUUGCAGCAAUGGCGCCGGGAGGAGUGGAACAUACAUUCUGAUUGACAUGGUUCUCAAUAAGAUGGCUAAAGGUGCUAAGGAGAUUGAUAUUGCUGCCACCCUGGAGCACUUGAGGGAUCAGCGGCCGGCUAUGGUCCAGACAAAGGAGCAGUUUGAGUUUGCAUUGACAGCUGUUGCGGAGGAGGUGAACGCCAUACUCAAAGCUCUUCCACAAUGAGAGCAUUACCCACUACUAAACAUCAGCAGACCUCCCCAGGGACCUCCCUCCUCUUCUCCUCCUCUCCCCCACUCCUCCUCUCCCCCACUCCUCCUCUCCCCCACUC